AUGCAUUUGGAUUUGUCCAUUGUUAUUAUUUUGAAAACUUCCAUCAAAGCCAUUUUAGCACAGUUGGUUAGUGCUGACAUGGCACUUAAGAGAGGAGAAGGACCAGGCUUCAAACUCAAUGUUAGCAAAAGGCAUACAAGAUUUCAUGCUGCAGCAUAUUACUAUCAUGGUUUGAUCCUUGAUGAGGGAAACACAGAAAAAUCGCAUGGGAUGGCUGUAGCUGCUUUGCAAGCAGCAGAUCAGUAUCUCAAAGAAAGUAAGAAGGCAUGCGAAGCUUUCAACACGGCUCCUCCUCUGUCACGAAAUCCGCCUCUUUGGGGAACCAUGAAGUAUCUUUCUGAGAAAAUUCCGAAAGAUACUUCUAGCAAGGUGCGAAUCAACAGGGAUCUAUAUUCUUAUGAAAAAAUUAUGGAGACUGCACCGACAUUGCCAGAUUUUGCUUUGGCCUUGAAACCCGAUGAAUAUCAACUUCCUCUAGUUGACCCUUCAUGGAAUGAUGAGAACGUAAACAAGGGACAGUUUGGCUCCAACAAGCUUAAAGGUUAA